GACUGGGCCAACCAUGCUCCUUCCAUGGAUAUAAGAACGGAAUAACAUCAAAUGAAUGUUUAUACGUUGAACACUACGUCUAGCGUAGCAUCUCAAGCCGACCUCCGGGUAGCUGCAGUGUGAGCGGGCAAAGUGGGGCAUAUAACUAUAUAACCCCUAGUGCACCGUACUGACACAAGGAAGUAUUAGCUGAUCUGGGAGUCUGUGACGAACUGAAACUGAGCCUGUUAGCUUUGUGGUUUAAUCAAAUACACGGUCUAUGGGGCAGUUCAGCUGUGGUACUUUCCCUUAACAUACAAGUAGUAUUACUAUGAGUCAUGACAUGGCUAUAACUGGAUAUGGGUAUAGCCCAUAUUAUAUCCAUGUUUGUAUCACAGAAUAACAGUAUGUUAGUCACAAUGUCAUGGACAGGAUAAUUUCACACAAUGUACCAGUACAUGUGUUUGUCCUUUGUGAUCGUGAUGUUUCUCGGACAAGGCUACACAGAUGAAUCAGUCGAAUGCCCAGUAGGCUUCUGGGGAGCGGGUUGCAGUGAGAAGUGUUCAGCGGUAUGUCAGGACAGCUGUUCUACACAAGGUCUAUGCACUGACUGCACUGGAGGAUACUUCGGAAUACGAUGUAACAAAACAUGCCCCCCUAACUGUUCUGGAGGACGCUGCUACAGGUUUAAUGUGUCAUGCAUUGAAGGGUGCAAACCUGGUUGGUAUGGCAAGAAGUGCGGCGAAUCUUGUCAUUGUCAAUCAGGGGUCUGUGAGCGCAAGACUGGACACUGUACAUCAGCUCCACAUAGAGUUGUAUUGCCAAAAGAAGAAACUUCAACAGAUGCUAUAUCAAAAGGAUCUUCCUGCAGUGAGGUCACCCGACAGCGAUGCAAAAGGAAACGCUGUUUUCAGGACGAUGGUCAUUGGGUUUGCGAUGGUUGUGCAGAUGGAUUCAAAGGACGACAGUGUUCUCAAAAUUGUCAUCAUGGUUGCAAAUCUUGUAAACAGGAGGGCAUGUUAUGCACCGAAUGUCACAAGGGCUUCUAUGGUAGGACCUGUCAAAAAGCAUGUCCCAAUUGUAAUGACGGCUGCCACUUGCGUUAUGCCAAAUGUCAAAGUUCUUGUGUCGAGGGAUACUUUGGCCCUUUGUGCAAUAAACGUUGUGGCAAUAAUUGUAAAAAUAGGACUGCAGGACCUGGACCAUGCAACCAGGCGACCGGGGCGUGUACCCUAGGCUGUGAGGACGGAUAUUAUGGCCAUACUUGCCAGAGGAAAUGCUUUAGAAACUGUACAUUAGCUGGGAAGUUCCAGUCCUGCCAUUCUGUGUGUAGACGGGAGAUUACGGAAAGCGUGGCUGAAACCGCAUCGUAUAACGGCUCAUCUGCAGAUGUAGGCACUGGACAUGGUGUAACAUAUGUCAGCAGCAAAGUGGUCGUGUCAGUGAUCAUAACAAUAGUUGUCGUUGGGUUUAUUGUUGUGUUUGGGACUUUAAACUGGUGCGUUUUACCAGCAAAGCGAAAAACAGAACGAGAAGUACAAGUCAUUUUUAUGGUUCCACGAGAAGAAUUCCCCCAUGACAGUACCGACAUUUACAAUGGAAACCAAAGUAACGAAACGGCGACGAUGACAUCGAUGCUUGGAUCAGAUGAGGGUGAUGACCAAGAGAGGACGUAUUUAUAUAUUCCGCCAUAUAUUCGCUCCACCACCAACCACAGGUUACAGUUAGAAAGGGAGAAUGAACACCAUUAUGAAUCUUUAGACAGCAUCCACGAAGGUCGUCGAAAUAUCAUCAUGCAUGAUGAACAUGAACGGCUGUCCGCGCACCUAGCACAGCGUUAUAUGGAUGAUAGAGGUCAUUCGUCGUAUGUUUAAUUGUAAGGCUACGCUGGGUGACUGGGUGAAAACUACACUGUGAGGUGAGGUGAAAUGGCCGUCCAAGAUUAUUGCACUUAUAUAGCGACGUGCAUGCACGUGUGUGUGUAUGUGUAUGUGUGUGUGUGUGUGUGUGUGUGUGUGUGUGUGUGUGUGUGUGUAUGUGUGUGCGUGCGUGCGUGCGUGCGUGCGUGCGUGCGUGCGUGGCUGCUUGUACUAGUCUGUUCCAGCAGUGUAUGCACAGUGUAUUAUACACUGCGAUAGUGGCCCACCUAUAUGCCCUGCUUUUUUCAGCCUGUGAUGUACAGCGUAUCAUACACUGCUAUAGUGGCCCACCUAUAUUCCCUUCUUUCUUCAGCCUGUGAUGCACAGUGCAUUAUACACUUCUAUAGUGGCCCACGUAUAUGUCCUGCUUUCUUCAGCAUGUGAUGCACAGUGUAUUAUACACUUUAAUAGUGGCCCACCUAUACCCUGUUUUCUUCAGCCUGUGAUGCACACUGCAUUAUACACUUCUAUAGUGGCCCGCCUAUAUUCCCUGUUUUCUUCAGCCUGUGAUGCACAGUGCAUUAUACACUUCUCUAGUGGCCCGCCUAUAUGCCCUGCUUUCUUCAGCAUGUGAUGCACAGUGCAUUAUACACUUCUCUAGUGGCCCGCCUAUAUGCCCUGCUUUCUUCAGCCUGUGAUGCACAGUGCAUUAUACACUUCUCUAGUGGCCCAUCUAUAUGCCCUGCUUUCUUCAGCCUGUGAUGCACAGUGCAUUAUACACUGCUAAAGUGGCCCACCUAUAUGCCCUGUUUUCUUCAGCCUGUGAUGCACAGUGCAUUAUACACUUCUCUAGUGGCCCGCCUAUAUGCCCUGUUUUCUUCAGCCUGUGAUGCACAGUGCAUUAUACACUGCUAAAGUGGCCCGCCUAUAUGCCCUGCUUUCUUCAGAUUGUAAUGUAACUAAGAAGAUUACUUUGUAACCCAUACAACACCGACAACUAAACGACGUACAUGUACUGCAAGUAAAAGUUACUGUAUAUUUCACAGUAUUGAAGCGAGAUAAUUUGAAGAUAAAUGUGUAUACAUGUAUAACGAAGUGUUAAGUAUAUGGAUAUAUUGUAGCUCACACCCAAUAUGUUGUUGUCGGGAUCGAAAUAAAGAUAUUCAACUCCUUUUC